AUGAAACAAAAUAAAAUAAAUAAAGCAGAAAUUUUACAAGUUGAUGAUAAACAUGUUGAAGAAAAUUUAGUUGCAAUUGUUGGUGUUGGCUUUAGAUUACCAAGUGGAAGUAUUGAAAAUGAAAGAAACAAUACACCUCAAACAUUAUGGAAUAAUUUAAUAAAUGGUUUCGAUGGUGUAGUGAAAACAUCAGAAAGAUUCAAUGAUAACUUUUUCAAAAAUCAUGAAAUUGCAAAUAAUUAUUCAGGACUAUUACCAUUGGAUGAAGUUAAAUCAUUUGAUCCACUCUUUUUUGGUAUUAAUCCAAAUGAAGCACCAACCAUUGACCCAAUUCAAAGAUUAUUAUUAAAAUGUACAUGGGAAGCAUUAGAAGAUUCAUUAAUUGAUCCAAUUUCAAUCAAAGGUACAGAUACUUCGGUUUUCAUUGGUUGUACCGAAAGUGACUAUCAUAAUAUCAAUAAAAAUGAAGUAAAAUCAAAUGUAUUCUCAAGUUUAAAUCAUGCGAUUUCAAAUAGAAUCUCCUAUUGUUAUGAUCUUCAUGGUAAUUCAAUAACUCUAGAUACUGCAUGUUCAUCAUCUUUAAAUGCAAUCGCAUUAGGAUAUGAUUCAAUCAAAAAUAAAAAAUCAAAAAUGUCAAUUGUUGGUGGUGUUAAUAUAUUACUUGACUCUUACUUUUUUAAAGCAUAUUCUUCAUUGAAUAUAUUAAGUAAAUCAAAUGGUAGAUGUAAAUCAUUUGAUGCAUCAGCUGAUGGUUAUGUAAGAAGUGAAUGUAUUGGUGUUGUGGUUUUAAAGAAUUUAAAAGAUGCAAUUAAAGAUGGUAAUAGAAUUUAUUGUACAAUAAAUGGUGCAAGUGCAAAUGUUGAUGGUAUUGGUUAUUCUGAUAAAUCAAAUUUCUAUUCACCAUCAUCAAUUUCACAAUCUGAAAAUUUAAAAAAUGCAAUUCAAUCAACCAAUGGAACUGUUAAACCAUCUGAUAUAGAUUAUGUUGAAGCACAUGGCACUGGUACACCAACUGGUGAUCCAAUUGAAGUUGAAGGUAUUUCAAAAGUUUUUAAAGAUACUCGUUCAACUGAUACUCCAUUAUUAAUUGGAUCAUUUAAAUCAAAUAUUGGUCAUUGUGAAGCUGCUUCUGGUAUUGCUUCAUUAAUCAAAUGUUGUUUAAUGUAUAAAAACAAAUGUUUUGCACCAAAUAUUCAUUUUAAAACACCAAAUCCAGCAAUUAAAUUUAAAGAAUGGAAUUUAAAAGUUGUAACUGAACCAAUUCCAUUUAAUAAAUUUAAAAAUACUUCAAUGGUUGUUAAUAAUUUUGGUGCAACUGGUUCAAAUUGUUGUUUAGUAUUAUCUCAAUUUAAUUAUAAUACUAUAAAUAAUAAUAUAAAUAAUCAUAAUAAUAAUCAUAAUCAUAAUCAUAAUCAUAAUAAUAUAAAAAUAAAUAAUUAUUUAAUUCCAUUUUCAGCAAAUUCAGUUGAAUCAUUAAAAAAAUAUCAAUCAUUAAUUAUUGAAAAUAAAGAAUAUGAAUCACAAUAUAGUUUUGAAGAAUUUGUUAAAAAUCAAAUUUAUAAUAAAUCAACAUCACUUUAUCAAAGAUCAGUAAUUGUUGCAAAAGAUUGGAAUGAUUUUAAUAAUGUUGAAAAUCAAGUUAAAUAUCAAACUUCAAGUAGUACUUCUUCAAAUAUUACAAUUACAAAUAAAAAUAAUAAUCCAAUAACUGUAUUUGUAUUUUGUGGUCAAGGAUCACAAUAUAAUACAAUGGCAUUAGAAUUAUAUAAAAAUGAAAAAGUAUUUAGAAAUUCGAUGGAUAUGCUAGAUAAUAAAAUGAAAAAUUAUUUUGGAUAUUCAAUUUUAGAGAAAUUAAGAGCAAUUCAAGAUAGUGAUAAAUGUUCAGUUCAUGAACAAACAAUGGCACAACCAUCAACUGUAAUUAUUCAAGUAUCAUUAUAUGAACUUUAUAAACAUUGGGGUAUAAAAGCAUCAUUUAUGUUGGGUCAUAGUCUUGGUGAAGUAACAACUGCUUAUUGUUCAGGUAUGAUUGAUAUUGACCAAUUAUGUUAUUUAAUUUAUCAUAGAUCAACAUUACAAAUAAGAACAAAUGGGUCAGGUAAAAUGUUAUCAAUUAACAUUAGUUCAGAUGAAUAUAAAACUAACUAUAUGUCACGUUACCCAACUAUUGAAAUUGCAUGUUAUAAUUCACCAUCAUCAAUUGUAAUCGCAGGUAAUGAACAAAUUUUAAAUGAAAUUUCAAAAGAAUUAAAAGAAAAAGAAAUAUUCUCAGCAAUGUUAGGAAGUUUAUCAAGUUUUCAUACAAGUAGUCAAAAUAUAAUUAAAGAUGAUAUUUUAAAUUUAAAUAUUCAAUCAAGUCAACCUGUUAUUCCAACAUUUUCAACAGUUACAUCAAAUUUAUUUAAUGAAUCAACUAUUUUUGAUUCUGAAUAUUUCUUUGAUAAUAUUUCAAAACCAGUUUCAUUCACUCAAACAAUUUCAAAUUUAUAUAAACAUAUUGAAGAUAAUCAAAUCGGUUCAAAUAUUGUAUUCAUUGAAAUUGCACCACAUCCAACAUUAUCAUUUUAUUUAAAACAAAUGAUUCCAAAACAAUCACAAUACUUUAGAAAUGGUGAAUCAAUAUCAGUUUAUUCAACACUUCACAAGAAAAAGAAUGAUGUUGAAGAAUUUCAAAAAUCAAUUUCACAAUUAUUUUGUGAUGAUGCUUAUGAUAUUAAUUUUAAAUGUCAAUUUAAUAAUAUAAAUAGCAAUAUUGAGGCUAUUAGUAAUUUUAAUUUACCAUUAUAUCAAUGGGAUGAUCAACAUUAUUGGUUAAAUAAAUCAAUUGAACAUAAAAAUAAUUUAAUUGGACCACCAAUUUCAAUUCUCGGUAAUUCAAUGCAAGAUUCAAAUCCAUUUAUUAAAUCAUAUCAAACAAUAAUUGAUACUGGAAAAGAUGCAUUCAAAUAUUUAAAAGGUCAUAAUGUAUCUGAUAAAUGUUAUUUCCCAGGAACAGGUUAUAUUGAUAAUAUAUUUAAAUUAUAUCCAAAUCAAGAUUUAACAAUUAAUUCAAUUGAAUUUAAGGUACCAUUUGUAUUAACCGAUGGUAUUGGGCAAUGUUUACAAACAAAUGUUUAUCAAACUGGUAAAAGUGAAUAUAGAGCACAAUUUCAUUUAAAAGAUGAAAUGAAUAAUCAAUGGAUAAAUACUUCAAAUUCUAAUUUCCACUUAAAUAGUAAUGAUAAUUAUCAUGAAGAAAAACAAAAAUUGGAUAUUCAAGAUAUUAAACAAACAAAAUGUAAUUUAUCAUCAAUUCCAUGGGAUGAAUUUUAUUCACUAAUGAAAACUCAAUUGGGUGCAAACUUUUAUGGUAUUUUUAGUAAAGUAGUUGAAUGUUAUAUUGGUGAUAAUUGUUCAUUAACUGAAAUAUCCUUAGAAUUACCUGAAAACUUUCAUGAUGAACAAUCAUUUUUCAAUUGUCCACUCAUUGAUGCUUGUUUCCAUGGUACCGUUAUUCUAUACAUUCAAAAGAAUUGUAAAAUUGUAACAGAUAAAGUUGAAGGUUUAAGAUAUUAUGCUUCAAAUAUUCCAAAAAAUAGAGAUGAACAUUCAAGUAUCUUUAUUUAUUCAACUUUAAAAUCAUCUCCAUCUGAUGAUUUACUCUCUUCAUCUAUCGUUGUUAUGUUAGAAGAUGGUACUGUUAUCAUUGAAGUUGAUAACUUGGUAGUUAAAUCAUUAACACCAGUUAAAGAUCCAUUAUUAAUUGAAACUCCAUCUGAUUUUAUUUAUACACCAUAUCUUCAAUCAAAAGAUUCACAAAUUCAAUCACCAUUAGAAUUUAAAUCAAUUUAUCAAAAUAAUCAAGUAGAUGAUGGUUUAUUAAUUCCAAAUGUUGUUAUAGAAACUAUUAAACCAUUAAUUAAUAGAAAGAUGGAAUUUAGAAUUUUAGAAUUUGGUGGUAAUAAUUUAUCAAAAUCAACUUUAUUAUUGAAUGAAAUCAAUUCAUUACUCGAAGAAAAUCCACAUUAUGAAAUUGAUAUUGAAUAUACAUGGAGUGAUAAUAAUUCAUCAAUUUUAAAAGAUGCUAAAUUAGAAUUAUCAAAAGUAGAUAAGGGUUAUUUAAGUAUUCUUUAUCGUUCAUUAGGUUUAGAUGUUGAUAAUUCAUUAUUAGAAAAACAAAAAUUAAAUCCAUCAUAUUAUGAUUUAAUUAUUGUUUCAAAUAUUUCAAAUUUAACAAAAGAUAUUGAAUAUUCAUUAAAUCAAAUUUAUCAAAUUUUAACACCAAAUGGUUAUUUAAUAAUAAAUGAACAACAACAACAACAACAACAACAACAACAACAACAACAACAACAACAACAACAACAACAACAACUAUUAAAUAAUGAAAAUAAUAAAGAAUCAUUGAAAAACUUAUUGGUUAAUUGUAAUUUCAAUUCUGAUAUAAUGAUUAAAUCUUCAAGUAUAUCUGAUAGUGAUAUUAAAUCAAUUAUUAUUCAAGCUCAAAAACCAUCAUUAAAAUUACAACCAAAAACAAUAAACACAUUUGAUCAAGUAAUUUUAUAUUGUUAUCAAGAUGAACAACUCCAACAACAACAAUUAAUUAAUAAAUUUGAAAAUCAUUAUAAUAAUUGUAAAAUAAUAAAAGUAUCAACAAUUGAAGAAUUUUACAAAUUAUCAACAACAAUUACAAAUAAUUCAAUCAUUUAUUUUAUUAAAUCAAUUGAACAAUUAACAUUGGAAAACUUUAAAUCAGUAACAUUUGAAUAUGUUCAAAUUAAUCAAAAAUUAUAUGAAUUAAAAUCAAAAUGUACUCAUGUUUUAAUUACAUGUGAUUCACAAUCAAGUAAUUAUUUAUCAUCAUCAGUUUUAGGUGCAGCAAGAUACUUUGAUGAAAUUCCAACUUUACAAUUAUUUACAUUGGAUUUUGAUAAAGAUUCAUUAACAAAUGAUUUGGAUUUAUUCAAAACCAUUGAUUAUUUAAUUAAUCCAAAAAAUAAUAUUCAAAGAGAAUUUUAUAUAAAAAAUAGUGGUACUGUUUAUUUUGAAAUGUAUAAAAAAGAAUUAAAAAAUUUAAAGAAUUCUUAUAAAUCUGAAUCAUAUCAUGAUUUAUCAAAACAACAAGAUCAAUUAGUUUCAAAAUUAGAUGAACAUUUUGAAUAUCAAUUAAAUUCAAAACAAAUUGAUUUAGAACCAUAUGAAAUUGAAGUAAAAGUUAAAGCAACUGGUAUAAAUUAUAAAGAUUAUUUGAAAUAUAAUGAAAUGAUAAAAGUAAAUGAAGCUGGUAUUGGUUUUGAUUUUUCUGGUGUAGUAAGUCGUGUUGGAAUUAAAUCAUCUAAAGAAUUUAAAGUUGGUGAUCAAGUUUAUGGUAUUGCAUAUGAAACAUCAUCAUCUCAUAUUAUUAUUGAUUCAUUAUUAGCAUGUCAUAAACCAUCAAAGAUUACACAUGUUCAAGCAGCUUCAAUUCCAGCAGUUUAUUCAACAUCACUUUAUUGUUUAUAUGAUGUUGGUAAUUUAAGAGAUGAAGAAUCAGUAUUAAUUCAUUCAGGAUCUGGUGGUGUUGGAUUAUCAGGAUUGGAAAUAUUAAAAUCAAAUAAUCAUUCAUCACCAAUAUUUGUUACAGUUGGAUCAGAAGAAAAGAAACAAUAUCUAAUUAAUACCUAUGGUGAUUUAAUUACUGGAAUUUAUUCAACAAGAGACACAAAUUAUCAAAAACAAAUUAAAAACAAAUUAAUUGAAUUAGGUUAUGAAACUCAUGGUGUUGAUUUAAUUAUUAAUACUUUAUCAAGUGAAUUUAUGGAUACAAAUUUUAAAUGUUUAAAUCCAAAAGGUAGAAUUGUAGAUUUAACAACUACUCAUUUAAAUCCAAAUGAAUUUAUUGAUAAUAGUAGAUAUAGAUAUAAUAUUGGUUAUAAUAGUAUUGAAAUUUUAAAAGUUGGAAAAUCAACAAUUAAGAAAUUAUUACAGUCAAUUUCAAAAUCAAUUGAAAAUGAAACUUUAAAUGCUUUAAUACCAAUUACAGAAUUUUCAAAUUCAAAUAUUAAAAAAUCAAUUGAAUCAAUUAAAGAAAGAAAACAUGUUGGUAAAAUUGUAAUUUCACAUGAUACUGAUAUCAUAGAUAAAUUAAUUGAAAAAGAAUCAAUGAUUGAUUAUUCAAUAUUAAAAUCAGAUUAUAAAAUUAAAAAUCUUGGUAAAAAUGUAUUGGUUACAGGUCAAACUGGUUUAAUUUUAGAAGUUUUAAAAUGGAUAACAAAAUAUAAUUCAACUGUUGAAAAUAUAAUUAUUCUUUCAAAAUCAUCAUUAAAAUGGGAAUUAGAAUUUUUAAUGAAUUAUAACAACAACAAUAAUAAUAAUAAUAAUAACAAUAAAAUUAAAUAUCAUUUCAAAAAAUGUGAUAUUAGUAAUUGGAAUUUAAUUAAUAAAACAAUUGAUCAAGUUUUAAAAGAUAAUCCAACAAUUACAAAUAUUGAUUCAAUAUUUCAUUUUGCAGCUUUACAAAUUAAUAAAAAACUUAAAGAUAUUGAUAUGAAUAGUUUAAAUGUUUCGCAUAGUGCAAAAACGUUUGGUGCAGUUAAUUUACAUAAUUUAUCAAUUAAAAGAGAUUGGAAAAUUAUUAAUUUCAUUUUAGCAUCAUCAGUAGUUUCAGUAUUAGGUUCAUUUGAUCAAUGUAGUUAUGUUUCAGCAUGUUGUGUAGUGGAUUCGUUAUCACAAUAUCGUAAAUCAAUUGGAUUACCAUCAUUUACAAUUAACAUUGGUGGUGUAAGUGAUAGAGGUUAUCUUUCAAGACAUAAACUUGUUGAAGCAGUACUAGGUGGUCAAGGUGUUGAAUUAAUAUCACCAAAUCAAUUAUUGGGUACUUUAGAUUUACAAAUUCAAAAUCCAAAUAUGCCAACCAAUGCAUUUGUUAAUAAUUUCAAUUGGCCAUUAUUCAAAAGUUUUAAACAAAAACUUCAUCAAAAAUUUGAUUUCAUUUUAAAUCCAAUUAAUGUUGAUAAUUCAAUAUCAAUGGAAAAUGAUACCAAUCAAUCAUCAUCAUCAACAAAUGUAAAAAAUAAAUUUUUAAACAAAGUUUCUGAACUUCUUUCAAUUGAUCCAUCAAAAAUUAAUACAAAUAUUAAAAUGAUAAACUAUGGUGCUGAUUCAUUAAUUACAGUACAAUUAAAGAAUUGGGUCGAUAAAGAAUGGUCUCCACAUCUUAUUACAAUUCAACAAAUUCAAUCAAAUUCAAUUGGUAUGGUUUAUCAAAUUAUAAAUGAUUCAUUAGAUAAAAAGAAAAAAGAAAUGGAUGAAAAAUUAUUACCAAUAACAGCAAAAACAACAACAACAACAAAAAAUGAUCCAAAUGAUAAAACUGAAUAUAAAUAUAUUGCAGGUGGUGAUUGUUGUAGGGAAUUUUCAAUAAAAUUUCACUACAGUAGCGUAGUGAAUUUUAUUAUUUAA